AUGACAAACUCAGAGACAGUCAGGGCCAUCGUCUUUGUAGGCCUGGUUUUCGUCGGCUGUCUCAUUCGCACCUACAUUCGAACGGCAAAUGGCGAAAAGGAAGACGAGGUGCACUUUUGGUCUUCGCGCUUCAGCCAACUUCAGCAGCAGCAAGAGAUCCCUCUCGCAAACGAAAAGGCGAGUCUUCGCUUGGGUGACGCUAAUGCCCAAGCUAGGAGUGAACCCGGUGCAGGUGCUGCACGACCACGCAGCACGACCACGUCGAGCGGCGAGGUGAGUCAAGCCGUAUCGGUGCUUCACGACCAGCCACCUCGCUUUGCACCUUUCCUGGCCGAAACCAUCCCAGACGAGCAAGCUCAUAGCACACUUCCGUCCGCUCCUGCGCCUUUGCAGCACGGCUUGAUCCAGACAUACAAUGGUACCGAAGUCGACGAAGCGUAUGAGGAUUGGGCGGCAAUGCAUCACGCACGCGGCGCCGCCUCCGAAGAUGCCGAAACCAGCAUCGACAAUCUGUUACAGCGGAGACAGCUGCACAAGUCGAUGGGCAUACAGGCGCUCGCUCAUCUCGAUGCAUUAGAGACGAAUGGGGCGAACUCGCCGACGAUCUGGACUGCGCAUUUUCCAGCUGCCCAACUGCGACCGUACUAG